CAUCCGAUCAGAAAGAUGGCAGAAACCGCUCCAGCUGCAGCCGCCACGCCGGCCAAAGCGCCCAAGAAGAUAUCUGCUGCUAAACCCAAGAAAACGGGCCCAAGCGUCGGUGAACUCAUCAUCAAAACUGUGUCCGCUUCCAAGGAGAGGAGCGGCGUGUCUCUCGCCGCCCUGAAGAAAGCUCUCGCCGCCGGUGGAUACGAUGUGGAGAAGAACAACUCCCGCGUCAAGAUCGCCAUCAAGAGUCUGGUGACUGAAGGGACUCUGGUCCAGACCAAAGGGACCGGCGCCUCCGGAUCAUUCAAGCUCAACAAGAAACAAGCCGAGAGCGAGAAGAAACCCGCCAAGAAAGCCGCUCCUAAAGUCAAGAAGGCCGCAGUCAAGAAACCCGCCGCCGCCAAGAAGCCCAAGAGUGCCGCGACUAAGAAACCUGCCGCCAAGAAAUCCCCCAAGAAGGUGAAGAAACCCGCAGCCGCUAAAAAGGCAACGAAGAGCCCCAAGAAGGCAAAGAAACCAGCAACCCCCAAGAAAGCCGCCAAGAGCCCCAAGAAGGCCAAGACUGUCAAACCCAAAGCGGCAAAGCCGAAAGCAGCCAAACCUAAAAAGGCCGCGCCUAAAAAGAAGUAGAUGAACUCUUGACUGAGUUUCUUCCUCAAAACGGCUCUUUUAAGAGCCACCCACUAAUUCAUAUAAAUGAGCAAAACUUUGUGCAGGAUUUGAGUUUAUUUUUCUUGUUUUCGUAUUUGUUUAUUGUG